UCCUGUACUGUUUUGCAUGCAAUUUUUUCUUCUAAACUGCUUGUGUAUGUUGGAAGACUGGAGAUUCGGAGCUAACGGAUUUAACGGCUUUCCUUCCCUCAUCCGGAUGGACCGCUAACGUUAGAGAAAUGAUGUGGAUGUCCAGUGCGCCCACUUAAAAUGUAAUUGGAUUUUAGAGUUCCCGUCAUCUGCUGUGGAUGAACCGGAGCCGGUGGCGUUCAGCUGGACAUGGCCAGCCCACACCUGGCUGAUCUGUCCCAGGCCUGGGAGACGUAUAUGGACUGCCGGGCACAGGGAGCAGAUCUACAGGUGAUUCUUCAGUGCUUAGAGAGUUUUCUGUGUCUGUUCCACUGUGUGAGACACAUCAGUGACCUUAGAGGAAAAGAUGCACUGAAGUUUUGCUCGGACAUGAGUGGGGCCAGUAACACCCUGGCACGGGAGUUCCUCACGGAUGUGCAUCAGUUGUGCAGUGCAGUGGCCCAGCGGGCAGAGGAUGAGGAGGAGAGUCACAUGGUGGCCCUGGGGGAGUACCUGGUGCGGGGACGUGGCUUCCUGCUCCUCAGCACCUUGGACUAUGUUAUUGAUCAGGAGCUGACCUGUCGAGAAGAGCUGCUUACACUCUUGUUAUCUCUGCUACCUCUGGUCUGGAAAAUCCCUGUUCAGGAGGAGAAAGCUCCAGAUUUCACCUUGUCUUCGUUACUCGAGGUGUUUCUGUGUCAGGAGGGAAGGACCAUCCCUCAUAAGGCGGGGCAAGAUAAAUGUGAUGUACAGAACUCUGGGAAACGUUUAUCUGGUUCUUUGAAGUCACGGCGGUCACGCAGGACAGCUCAGCGAUACUCUGUAAGGGAUGCACGCAAAUCUCAGCUUUCCACAUCAGACUCUGAAGCAAACUCUGAUGAUAAAACCACAAACGCUGGGAGCAAACAUCGACGAUUCCACAGUUCGACCAUUCGUGUUAGUUGCCAGCUUCACCACUCCAACAUUCCAUCGCAUCCACCGUCGCAGCAUCUUACCCCUGACGCCAUGAGCACUAUUGACCGAUCCCAACCUCACGUGAGACUGUUUGGCUCCCAUACAUUGGAUGCUAACAUGUUAGCAGAUCCCACAGCUCUCUCAAUCUUCAACCGCAUGGAGAACUCGCCAUUUGAUCUUUGUCAUGUUUUGCUUUCACUUCUUGAAAAGGUUUGUAAAUUUGACAUGACUGUCAAUCACAACCCAGGUUUGGUGGUUAGUGUUGUUCCCACACUUACAGAGAUACUCACAGAGUUUGGUGACUGCUGUGGACCUGGUGGUGGAGGCGGAGUUGAUGAGCUGGCUGGAGGCUGGACUGAGGAACCAAUUGCACUUGUUCAAAGAAUGCUUUUACGCACCAUUUUGCACUUAAUGUUUGUAGACGUGGGUCAAAAUGAAACACUGCCUGAUAAUCUGCGUCGAAGUCUGACUGACCUUCUAAGAGCCACUUUAAAAAUUCGUGCCUGUUUAGAAAGGCAAGCUGACCCCUUUGCUCCAAGGUCAAAGAAGACUUUGCAGGAAAUUCAAGAGGAUUUUUCCUUUUCAAGGUACCGUCAUCGGGCUAUGCUACUUCCAGAACUCCUUGAGGGUGUCCUACAGCUGCUACUGGGUUGCUUGCAAGUUUCGGCUCCCAACCCUUUUUUCUUCAGUCAGUCUCUUGAGUUAGUUCAUGAAUUUGUGCAACACCGUGGCCUGGAGCUCUUUGAGGCAACAGCUCUUCGCCUCGAAGCCUUAGCGGGAGCUCGAGAUUCAGAAGUAGGCAACGAAGCGUCUGAGCGUCUGCGCUGUCUGAUAGCCGGCGUACUUAAGAUAAUCAGUGCUGUAAAGAGGGCCAAGUCAGAGCAGCUGCACCAGUCCGUUUGUGCACGUCGCCGACACCGUCGCUGUGAAUACUCCCACUUUUUGCACCAUCAUCGUGACCUCUCUGGCUUGCCAGUCUCUGCUUUUAAGCAGGCAGCUCGAUGUAACCCUUUUGAGGAGGAAUCAGAUGGACGUGACGGAGAAGUGCGAUAUCCUGAACGCUGUUGCUGCCUUGCGGCUUGCGCACACCAAUGUUUGCGUCUCCUCCAACGCCUCUCGCCCUCAGGUCCCGCUGUGCUGCAGGUGCUGGCUGGAGUCCAAGCUGUUGGCAUCUGUUGUUGUAUGGACCCAAGGUCUGUCAUAGGGCCUUUGCUUCAGGCCUUUCAAGCCCCAGGACUGCGGAACUACCAGUCCCACGUGCUGAGUGUGCUUAGUAGACUUGUCUUAGAACAGCUCGGAGGUGGUCAACCGUCCGAAAAAGCCAAACUUGCCUCUUGUAACAUCUGCACUUUGGAUAGCAGCCAGUUCCCUGGUCUUGAAGAGACCUUGCAAGGUUGUGGAUCUGGGAAGGAAUCAAACUUAUCCACGUCCCCAUUGCCCUCUUAUCGUUCUCAAGGUAUCUUGCCCAGUGGAGGAGCUGAAGAUAUGUUAUGGAAGUGGGAUGCUUUAGAGGCCUACCAGGAGCUAGUGUUUGGGGAGGACUGGCAUUUGAGUCAACAGAUCGCGAGUCACAUAUGCCAGCUGACUUUACGGGGCAAUGCAGUAGUGCAAUGGCAACUCUACACUCAUAUUUUUAACCCAGUGCUUCAGCGGGGUGUGGAACUCACCCAUCAUGCUCAGCAGCUUGGUGCAUCGACUGCGUGUAGCCAGAUAUGCAGCUACCAUACCCAUUGCCUUCCUGUUGAGGUAUUGCUGGUUUAUCUUCAAACCCUGCCUGCUCUCCUAAAGUCAAGCCGGGUGGUACGUGACCUGUUCCUGAGUUGUAACGGAUUAAACCAAGCCACAGAGUUAAUCUACUUGGACUGCACUCGUCCGUGGGUGCUAAAAGUGUUUGAGACGUUGAUCUUAAAUGCGUGGCACCACCCUGCUGAAUCUGCCGUGCAGGAGCUAGAAAGAGCAGAAGCUCAGGAGAGGGAGGCUGUCCUUGGACUCGUAGAGGAACUGGGUUCACGUGGGGCCGCAGAGGGCCCGCAGAGCCUGACUAAGUUUUACGAAGGCCUGAAAGAGGCAUGCCCUCAACCGAAGGGCAAAAGCGGGAAAGUGUCUCUUUCCGGAAUGGGCCGGAACCGAGGCGAGGCACAUUUGAACACAAUCAACCUUUUCCUGUGUGUCAUCUUCCUUUGCGUGAGCAAAGAGCCAGACUCUGACAGAGACUCUGCGAAUGACUCAGAAGACACCUCAGGCUACGACAGCACAGCCAGUGAGCCAUUGGGUGGCCGUCUACCUUGCCUCUCCCCAGAUAGCGUGGCUCUGCCCUCCAAAGAGCAAGUGAGGAGGGCUGCCGAUGUGUGGACAGUGUGCCGUUGGGUGUACAUGGCAAGUCCGGUUUUUCAGAGGCAGUUUUUCAGACUGGGAGGACUGGAUGUGUGUUCACGCCUCAUGACAAUGGUCAUCCAGAAACUCACCUCUAAAAUCAAAGAGUGUAAAGUCAAGAAGAAAAGAGAGAAUAAAGGUAAAGCCAGUCCGUCCCACACAGACUCACCCAUCCAGAUUUCUGAUACGAAGGAAACACGUGGGCUUGAACUAAAUGACACAUCCAGCCCCUCUCAGAUGGAGAGCAGAACAGGUGACACAGCUCUUGAAGAGGAAUGGCCCCUACAAAGUAUUCGACUGCUUGAGGCACUUCUAGCUAUCUGCCUUCACGGUGCCAGUUCAGCACUGCAGAGAUUUGAACCAGAUCUUUCCUUCCAGCUGCAGUCUGUGGAGGAGACCCUGUGUGAAGUGAGGGAUCAGCUUUCACGAUCUGGAAUCGUGAAUUCUGAACUGGCAGUUCCUCUGUUUGAUUCGUUGCUCCGUGUAGCACAGGCUGAAAUUUUUUGCAAUCCAGAUGUCAUUGAGGAAAAGUCUGAAAAGAAGUCUCAAGUAAGCAGUGAGGUGACACCUCCAGCAGGUGAUCUGUCUGAAGAAACAGAUGAAGCUCAGGUGAGUGGCGUCCUGCCCUUGGGAGAAGAGGAAGGUUAUGACGCAGACAGUGAAAGUAACCCUGAAGACUCCGCCCGUCAGGAGGAAGGGAUAAAGGUGGAGGCCGGAGCGAAGCUGGAGGAAUGUGUAAUGGCAGGUGUGCCACAAGGCUCCGGCUGUGGCCGAUUGCUGUUCCCGGAGAUCUGCUUAAUGGAGCUGCAGCUGUUAGCCAACGGCUCACCGGACCUGGAGGUUUUGGGCCAAGUGUUACAGAACCUUUUAGGAGCUAUCAAAAGCCACAAAAGUAAUGCCAGACUACUCUACCAGCAGGGUGGUGUGAAAGUCAUUCUCACUGGAUUUCAAAACAUUCUCAGCCAAUCAGAUGCCUGCUAUAAAGAGUGUCAGACGAUGUUAGUGGAGCUGCUGGUUGCCAUGAUGAGUGACAGGAUCACAGCAGAGGAACUUGCACUGUUAACCCGCCUCUUCUUGGAGAAAUCUCCGCCCACUGAGAUCUUGUUGAGGGGAAUUCUCAAAAUUGUAGAGGUCAGCUCUGAUACAGAGCCCCUGUACUUCAUGUCCUUUCCAAUGAACCCCGGCACAGGAGACACGCACCCCGGGAUGAGACCCCAUGGGACCACUGGGAGUAAGAGCGGAGUAAACACUCUUUUGAGGAGUAAAUUAUCCAUAGGCAAGGUUGAUGGAGACACGGGCAGGCCUGGUCACCUCCGCACUUCUCCCUGGCACACAGCACCCUUUCACCUGCCCCUGGUUGGCCAGAACUGCUGGCCUCACAUGGCCAGUGGCUUCAGUGCCUCACUCUGGCUACGAGCUGUAAAGGACGAAGACGCCAGUUCUAAGAGCGAGGAGGAGGUGCUUCGAACCCAGGAAUCCCUGCACCCUGCCGCCCAUGUGGCAGAGCAGCAGGUGGACAAAAACCUCAUGCAUGUUCUCUCUAUGGGCUCUAAGGCUGUGAUGCUUCAGGUGUGGGUGAACAUCUCCACAGGAGCCUUUACUUUCAGAAUUUGCAUGGAUCCUAAUGAUGAGAUGAAGGCGGGGCUUCUCGCACAGGCGGAGUCAGGAGAUGGUGUGCUGACAGCAGGCAGGUGGCAUCACCUGGCGAUCACAUACACACAGCAGCCAGAAGGCAAGAAAAACAUUCACGGUCAACUGACUAUGUGGGUCUGCGGCAUCAGAAGGUGUGAUGUCUCGCUAGACUUCACUUUACCCAGGAAGUCCAGUCUGUCAUCGGACAGUAAUAAGACCUACUGUAUGCUUGGACACUAUCAGCACCCCUCAGAGGAGCCAUCCAACCCCAGUGCAUGCUGGGAUAUGGGCACUCUACUGCUCUUUAACGGCUCCAGGAUAGACACGGCAGAAGCUUUUUACCUGUACGCUAGCGGGCCUGACCUUACCUCCAUUAUGCCCUGCAAAUACGGGAAAUCUCACAGGACCCUCUCUAAAUACGUGACACAGGAGGGUCUCCAGUGUGAGCAGAUACGAGAGUUUCUCAUGAGAAACAUUGAAGUUGACAUCUCGCAUCUUAAGGAGAGUUUAGCAAUAGUUUAUGCUCCAAGUGCCCCGUCUGUGUACACUAUAUAUGAGCCGGUAAUCCGUCUGAAGGGUCAGGCCAAAGCAGCAGUGAUCUCCCAGCGGCCUUUCAGUGCCAAAGAGGUCCAGAGCUCAGUGCUGGAGCCCCAGUUUCUCCGGACCGUGAUGCCCUGCCAGGCUGUGGGUCUGCACAGUGUACUACACAAGAUUGGCGGCACUGGCUCAUUUGUCUUCCUGUUUGCUCGGGCUGUGGAGUUGAGUGAUUGUGAGACAACUCAAGCCCUCGCCCUGCAGCUGUUACUGGCGCUAGUUAAAAACAAUCAACAUCGCACACAUGAGAUGAAGUGUUACAACGGUUAUUCCAUGAUUCACCAGGUUCUCAUCAAGCCCAAAUGCAUUGUGGGAUACCACAUUCUCAAGACACUGCUGGAUGACUGCUGCAGUGACUCUAUCCUGAAAGUUGGAGAGGAUCGUCAGUUUCAUCUGGAUGUUGAAUCCACAGCAGUUGUGCAAGACCUCAGACUGCUAUCGGAAAUACUGCUGGACUGGAAGAUAUGGGCUAAAGCUCAGUGUGGCGUGUGGGAGACGCUGCUGACCGCCCUUGAGAUCCUUAUUCGAGUUCAUCAUCCUCAGCAGAUGUUCAACAUCCGUCAGCUUCUCAAGGCCCAGGUGGUCCAUCGCUUUCUCCUCACAUGUCAGGUGCUUCAGGAGCAUCGGGAUGAGCACCUGACCUCCAUCCCUCAGGAAGUUUGUCUGUCAUUUGUCAAAAUCAUCCAGGAGGUUUUGGGAUCACCGCCGGACCUGGACCUGUUACGGCUGGUUUAUAAUUUCCUGUUGGCCGUGCACCCCCCCACUAAUACUUAUGUAUGCCACACGCCCAGCAACUUCUAUUUCUCCCUGCACAUCGAUGGUAAACUGUACCAGGAGAAAGUUCAGUCCAUGAUGCACCUUUGGCAGUCCAGCAGUGGAGGAAAAUCAGCCUGUAGCUCGGUCGUCUCUCUCUCCCCGACAGUCUUCACAGAGAUGCCCGCUGAAGCACGCCACACUUCCUCCUCCGAGCAUGGAGAUGAAGACCAGUCGCUGCGGCCUCCAAGUGUUGGCCCUUCUCCACACUCCUCUCCAUCACUCACACCACGACUGGCUCGGAGGCACUUAAUGGCCUCCGUCGGGUCGGAGGACGGUGUGAACCUGGGUACCCAGCAGGCCCUGGGCAGCACGGAGACCCUAAAACGCGACGACCAGCUACUCAGCAGCUGCGAGUCGGCAAAGACCAUUUGCGAUUCUCAGAAUGUGAGCGUUGAGGAGAGUGGCGUUGUGGAAAAUCGGACACCAUCCAUCAGCAUAGAGGAGGAGCACGACGGGCAAACGGGAAGCCCGCUGGGGUCAGACGACCAUUUUGAUUGGGCGAGCGAGGAAGCGCCACGGCGACCAGACAGCUUGAAGGGAAUCCAGCCAUUUCAGAGGAGCCACAGUAAUCUGGCCAGUUUGGGUUUGGCUUUCCCAGCACAGAACGGCUCUCUGGUGAUCGCACGCUGGCCCACCGUGGCUGACCGUGCCGCCCCACCAGACGACUGGGAGAGCUAUACAUACUCGCCCGGUUAUGAGAGACACAGCAAGGCAGAUUCCAGCAAUGACAGGUCCAGUGCAGAGGACUGCCUGGUUUUGGUCUGCUGUGGACUUUAUGAUCUUUUGAGAGGAGUUCUGCUUCUUCUGCCAGAUCUCCUGCUGGAGGAGGUGAUGGACAAACUGAUUCAACCGGAGGCUCUCCUUGUCCUCGUCAAUCACUCUUCUCCUCUAAUACAGCAGGGGGUCAUGAAGCUCCUGGAUGCUUAUUUCAGCCGGGCUCAAAAGGAGCAGAAGGAGAAGUUUCUAAAGAACCACGGCUUCUCACUGUUAGCCAAUCAGCUUUACCUCCACCAGGGCUCUCUUGGCCUGCUUGAGUGUUUUCUGGAAAUGCUGUUUGGCCGACCGGUGGGCCUAGAGGAAGAUCUGGAUCUAGAGGACAUGGAGAACAUCUCCCCGUUCCGUAAGCGCUGUAUUAUUCCGGUGCUUGGUCUUCUGGAGAACUCACUGUAUGAGAAUUCAUUGGUACACAACAGUCUCUGUGUUCUGCUACAACUGAUAAACACCUGCCCGAAACUCGCUGACAUCCUUCUGGACCAUGGACUGCUCUACGUGCUCUUCAACACGCUCUCCACCCUCAAUGGUCUUGAGAACGGGAUUCCUCCCAAUGACUAUAAGCUGGUGGUAUGUGAUGUUCAGCAGCUGUUGGUUGCGGUCACCAUCCACUCUUGCAGCUCCUCGGGUUCUCAGUACUUUCGCAUUAUCGAGGACCUCAUCACUUUGUUGGGCUACAUGCGAAACAGCAAAGUUCGCCGCACAAAGGAAAUGGCCGUAACCCUGCAGUUCAGAGUGAUCCAGGCUGCCAUUGACUUCAUCAAGACCACGGCCAAUCAGGACCCUCAAAAAUCUAGCAGCUAUGUGCACGUCCCCACCUCGCCACAUCACGCUCUCCAGCAGAAGCGCAAGAGCAUUGCGGGUUCAAUGGAUCUGAAAGACGCCAUUAUCCCCCGUAUCCCACGGCAACACUACUGUUCAUACGGCCUGAUUCCUCUGCCCUCCCCAUUCACCUUCCUGUCCCAGGAUUCCCCCCUCCCAUCCCCUACUGGAGCAAACUCCUACAUGUUUUCCUUAGAUGCAGGUCGAAGGAGGUUUACGCUGGCACAGUCGGACUCGUUGCUGACCCGAAUGCGAUCCGUGGCCAGUGAUGAACUUACGCAGAUGAUGCAACGCAGGAUGAGUCAGGAGAACCCGAUUAGAGCCAGCGAGACCGAGUUAGUCCAGCGUCUGCAGAGACUUGUGGUUCUGGCUGUUAACAGACUUAUUUAUCAAGACAACAACCAGGAUUUCUUUGACCUCCUGAACUUUCCUGAGUCUCCUGAUCACUUGGCUUCCAUGAACUUAUCUGCCGAGCAGAUGACCGAGGAGACGCCAUCCACACCACUACCACCAGGAAACAUGAAGACAUUCCGCAAAGACAUUCUCAAACUCAUGAUGGAGGGCAUAAAGAUCGGUUUGGGCAGCGGCAGUCGUGGCGGUGCUCCGCGUCAACAGUGGAAGAGAAUCUUGUGGUCCUGUCGAGACACAUUCAGGGUCCAGAUCGGCCGCAUGCUGGUGCACAUGCUCAGCCCUGCAGUACCUCUAGAGGACAGGAAGGAGGCACUAGAGUUUGUCUAUGAGCAAAACUACUCGGAGAUCCUCAGAGAAAGCCUCAGUCCUGGCCUGGAGCACGGACCCAAACUGGCUCUGUAUCUGUACGAGCUGUUACACGACCACAAAGAUGCCCUGAGCAAAGAACAUCAGGCCGCUGGAAACACCUUCAUGACAGCCCUGAAACUCUGUGGUCAUCGCUGUAUCCCACCUAGUGUUCCACCCAAACCAGACCUCUUGAAGGCCAUCAAAGAGGAGCAAUUGAAAUAUGAAUCGGAGGCAAGAACCAGCAAAGGAGCAUGGGAAAAGAAGCUGGACAACACCCAGAGAAGCCUGCUGCAGAGGUUAGAGGGGAAGUCGAAGGACAUCUCGAAGAUUGCUGGGGACAUCACUCAGAGCGUGUCUCUAAGGCAGGGCAUAGAGAGGAAGAAGAUCAUGCAGCACAUUAGAGGCCUGUAUAAAACAGAUCUGAGCGCCAGCCGCCACUGGCAGGAGUUGGUCCAACAGCUGACCCACGACCGGGCUGUGUGGUAUGAUCAGUUAUCUUACCCAACAUCAUGGCAGCUGGAUCCCACUGAAGGUCCUAACCGAGAACGAAGACGCCUUCAGCGCUGCUACCUGACCAUCCCUAACAAAUACCUGCUUAAAGACAGACACAAGCUUGAUGACACCAUGAAAACUCCCCUGGCCUUCCUGUUUGAGGAUAAAACUCACUCUUCCUCCUCUAUCGUGAAGGACAAAGCGACCAGUGAACCCAUCAGGUUCACGAGAAAGUGCGUUAGUGUGGCGCCCUCUAGAGAGACUCCUGGAGAACUGCUGCUAGGGAAGUCUGGGAUGUAUUUUGUGGAGGAUAAUGUAGCCGAGACGCAUGAGAACCAGACGCCGCAUGGAGAGACAGAGCCCGCCUCCUUCUCAUGGACGUAUGAGGAGAUAAAGGAGGUGCACAAGCGCUGGUGGCAGCUCAGAGACAACGCUAUGGAGAUCUUCCUCACUAAUGGCAGGACACUGCUGCUCGCUUUUGAUACUACUAAGUUCCGUGAUGACGUCUACCACAACAUACUGACCUCAGACCUGCCAAACCUGCUGGAAUACGGCAACAUCACAGCACUCACUCACCUGUGGAGCUCAGGACAGAUAACCAACUUUGAGUACCUCACCCAUUUAAACAAGCACGCGGGUCGCUCAUUCAAUGACCUCAUGCAGUAUCCCGUCUUCCCCUUCAUCCUUCGAGACUAUGUCAGCGAAACACUGGACCUGCAAGAAGCCUCCAUUUACAGGAACCUCAGCAAGCCCAUCGCUGUGCAGUCCAAAGACAAGGAAGAUCGUUAUGUGGACAAUUACAGGUAUCUGGAGGAUGAAUAUAAGAAAGGCAAGAGAGAGGAUGACCCCAUGCCACCUGUCCAACCCUAUCACUACGGCUCUCACUACUCUAACAGCGGCACAGUCCUACACUUUCUCGUCAGAUUGCCUCCCUUCACAAAGAUGUUUCUGGCCUAUCAAGACCAGAGCUUUGAUAUUCCUGACCGAACGUUCCACUCUAUGAACACCACAUGGCGUCUUUCGUCCUACGAAUCUAUGACAGAUGUUAAAGAGCUAAUCCCAGAGUUCUUCUACCUGCCCGAGUUUUUGGUCAACAGAGAAGGUUUUGACUUUGGCGUGCGUCAGAACAGCGAGCGGGUAAAUCACGUGAACCUGCCGCCCUGGGCCCGAAAUGACCCGCGACUCUUCAUCCUGAUUCACAGACAGGCUCUGGAAUCGGACCAGGUCUCUCAGACGCUGUGCCAGUGGAUCGACCUGGUGUUUGGACUCAAACAGAAGGGCAGAGCUGCUGUUCACGCCAUCAAUGUUUUCCAUCCCGCAACUUACUUUGGUAUGGAUGUAUCUGCUGUUGAAGAUCCAGUGCAGCGUCGAGCUUUAGAAACCAUGAUAAAGACAUAUGGCCAGACACCCAGACAGCUGUUCAAUGCCUCCCACAUAAGCCGAGCUGGAAGCAAACUCAUUUCUGAGGGAGAACUGCCUGCAGCCAUGGGUCUUCUGGUACAGCUGGCCUUCAGAGAGCCCCGCGAACAGCCCAAAGACACCGUCUACCCGAGCCCUCUGUCAUGGAUAAAAGGGUUGAAAUGGGGUGAGUAUGUGGGUUCCCCCAGCGCUCCGGACCCUGUGGUCUGUUUCAGCCAACCUCACGGUGAGCGUUUCGGCUCUCUGCUGGCAUUGCCCACACGUGCCAUCUGCGGCCUGUCCCGCAAAUUCUGUCUCAUGAUGAUCUACAGCAAAGAGCAAGGAGUAAGAAGCAUGCACAGCACAGACAUUCAGUGGUCAGCCAUUCUCAGCUGGGGCUACAGCGACAACAUGCUGCGUCUGAAGAGCAAGCAGAGCGAGCCGCCCAUCAACUUCAUCCAGUGCUCACCGCUGCACCAGGUGACUAGUUGUGCCUGGGUGCCGGACAGUUGUCAGCUGUUUACGGGCAGCAAGUGUGGAGUCAUCACCGCCUACAGCAACCGCUUCACCACCACGAUGCCAACAGAAAUAGAGGUGGAGUCUCAGGUUUACCUGUACGGUCACACAGCGGAGGUCACAGGUCUAUUUGUCUGCAAACCAUACAGCAUCCUUAUCAGUGUUAGCAGAGAUGGUACCUGUAUCCUGUGGGACCUCAACAGGUUGUGCUAUGUACAGAGUCUGACAGGUCAUAAGAGUCCUGUGAACGCAGUGUCAGCCAGUGAGACAACUGGAGACAUCGCCACUGUUUGUGAUUCAGUGGGUGGAGGAAGCGAUUUAAGGCUGUGGACGAUUAACGGAGAUUUGAUCGGUCACGUUCACUGUCGAGAGAUCAUUUGCUCUGUGGCGUUCUCCAAUCAGCCGGAAGGCGUGUCAGUCAAUGUGAUCGCUGGAGGUCUGGAAAACGGUGUGGUCAGGUUAUGGAGCACAUGGGACCUGAAGCCAGUUCGAGAAAUCACCUUCCCCAAGUCCAACAGGCCUAUUAUAAGUCUUACCUUCUCAUGUGACGGACACCACCUUUACACGGCCAACAGCGACGGGACUGUGAUCGCUUGGUGUCGACGAGACCAGCAGCGCAUGAAGCUGCCCAUGUUUUACUCUUUCCUCAGCAGCUACGCUGCAGGAUGAUUCUCUCACCCCUAUGAUCCCAUUACCCACAAUCCUUCACAGUACAGACGCUCUGAGCGAUCCCGCUGACCGAUGAAGAGAAGGCCGGCAUGCAAAGCCCCGUCCAUGAGACCACAGUCUGCCCCAUGAAAAGUCAUGGGAUUGCACUUUACUUUGUGCUAUAACUCCUGAACUGCAUAUUUAUAUACUUGCGAUUAUCGUGCAUGGGUGCAAAGGUGUUAAAGGAGGGCAGAAUGAACAGAAAGCUCCGCCCAUGACAUUUUCGAAGUGUUGUUUUUGUUCAUUUGUAUCAGUGUCGUUCUGCGUUUUGUUUAACAGUCCUUGUGUUCGAUUUAGUGAUGUUUAAUUUUGAACGCUGCUACAGUCUGGACCAUCCAGACUCCAUGUUCGAGACUCUGAUUCUUUUUCACGUAACCCAUCAGAUGAAUCUUCAGAUUCAUUGUUUCUGUAUUAUCGCAGAAUCAGCAUUAAUAAUCCAUGCCGGUUUAUAAAUGGGAUAUUUCCCAGUGCUUCCUGAUCGGAUGUCACACUCCUUAUUUUAACAAAUCAGUAUGCAGACCACCGCAUGCACGAGUGACAUGCAGUGGCGCAAUGAAUGUGCAUGCAACGCUGAAAUGACGUUGCUCCGCUUAUAGGCGCAAAAAGUAUUUAUUUUCAGGAUGAAAGCCACAAUCUCAGUAUCUUUUUGUUGUUAUUUAUUUGUAAAAUGCACUUGAGACAGUUGAAGUGUGUUGUUCGAGUCAUUUAUCACUGAUGUCACUGUUUGUUUGAGAUAUGUUUUCAUACAGUAAACAUCCCUGUUAUCAAUAUAUGAAACCAUUCAUAGUAAUUUAAUAAACAACUAAUAUCUAUAGUAUCCUAUUCUACACUGUUCUGUUUUAUGCUCUUCUAUUCUAAUCUUUUCUUUAUUGUUUUGUUCUCUCUGUCGUAUACUGUUCUUGUCCUUUAAUAAAUUAUAUUGUUGUUUCGCAUGUUCACUUGGUCAAGGGUGAACUUUAAUAAACAUGGUUUUGUCACCUGUAGUCAACUAUCACUGUCUUA